GAUAUUUUGCUGCCUACGUUGCAUACCGCUUGACUGUGCGUUUGGCUCAAGACUGCACGUAUUUUUGAGGCCAACGUGUCGACACCACGUUCCCCGGUGAGCUGUGGUAGAAAGGAGAGGAGUCAUGGCCAGCUUUGCACCUCGCCCACAGGUUUCAAACACCCUGGCAAUUCAGUUUCACCUAGAUAAGUGCCCAACAACCUUUGCACAAGCUGCGGAGCUCUUCAAGGACCAUGAUGUGGCCCGGUUGGACAUGUCCUUCGCACCCUGUACGAACCUGGUUCUUGUGACCUUUUACGAUGUGCGGGUGGCCCAGCAGGUCCUGAAGCGCGUAAAGCCCUUUGGUUGGCCUGCUCGGGAAGGGAUGAAUGACUUCCGCUCGGUGAGGUUGUCGAUCUCUGAGUUUGCAAGUCUUCCGCAGCACGACAGAGGCUUUGAGAGGUUUGGUGAGAUUGCAGGGCUUUCCAGCUGCGGUGAUGACAUGCUUAUACCUGGAAUUCUAUGAUAUGCAUGCUGCUCUUCAGUGCAGCAUGUCUAUCCCUAGCAGUCAGCCCGAGAAGUGUGGACCAAUGUGCCACGAGACCGGUGAUACUGACACGGACAUGACCGAUUGGUCCAAUGCUGCCAACACAGACCGUGGAAGACCCUUUCUCUUGGACGCAGGCCGGAGGGGGUGCUAGCCCGAAUUCGAGGUGCGUGAAAAGAGUUGGCAAACAUCAAGAGAGCAUCCAAACCAUUGUUGCUCGUGCUGCCCGUGGAGGUGCAAACACACGGAGGUGCUAGCAGACAUUUGAUUUCUUUUGCAUGUGCAUGUGCCCCACUGCCGAACAGUGUAGUGUAGGAUGUGUAGGAAACUUGAUGGCCUUGAGACGGACGAUGCUAUACACACUGACUAAGUCAGGAACAACGCCGUUCGCAGCUUCUUCUGCUGGGUGAAAGCGCCCCGCGGUGA